AUGGAUCCGUCGCUGGCGAAGCGGGUUUCGGACGUGAUCCGAGCCGCCUUCUGCAUGAUCCGCAAGGGCUUCUCCAAGCACUGCAGGCUGAUCGUGGAGCUCCACCUCCUGCUCAGGCGCGGCAAGCUCUCCGGGAAAGCCAUCGGCAAGUUGUUACUGCACCACCAGCACCACCCGGCCGAAGACGAUGCGGCUGGAUUUCCGGUGGACCCCGCGCGGCUUUCGUUCUACCGCCGGGAGGACGUGGAGUUCAGCUGCAGCAGCACUCCUUCGCCUGCCGCGGCUGCUUUCUUUCUCUCCAAGCGUCGUCCCGGACAGCGACGGGGGGACUGUGCCGCUGCGGUGCUGGCCAAGGAGUUUGAGGAGCUGAUGAGAGCGGCGCCGUCGCCGUCGGCAGAGGCGUCUCUGUUCGGGCAGAGCUCGGCGGGGGAGAGGCUGAGGAUAGCGGACUCGCCGUUUCCGGCGACGGAUGAAGAAGAGGCGGGCGGCGGGCCAGUGGACUGGGAGGCGGAGGCGUUCAUCAUGUGGUUCCGUGAGCAGCUGCGCCUCCAGCGGAGCCUGCCGGCUACGCCGGAGUGCCGCGGCAAGGCGCCGGCCUGA